AUGCCCGCCAUAGGCGACCAACACCAGCUUAGACCGGGGGACAAUCCUGCGAUAUCUGCGAACCCAUAUUUACAAGGAACAAGGCGUAUUGACGAGUAUACACCCGAGGAGGUUGCCUCGCUGAAAGAGCAACUAAACAAGCAACUUGGCCCGGAGUUCCUAUCAUCCAGGCCUUCCGGUGCGGGAAAGGUACAUUAUGUCACAGCAGAUAAAUGUAUCAACCUUGCAAAUGAAGUUUUCGGGUUCAACGGGUGGUCCAGCUCGAUACAGAAUAUAAGUCAAGAUUUUGCCGAUGAACAUCCUCACACCGGCAGAGUUUCAGUGGGGCUAUCCGUGAUAGUGAGAGUGACGUUGAAAGAUGGAACUUAUCAUGAGGAUGUUGGAUAUGGCCACAUUGAAAACUGUAAAGGAAAAGCUGCUGCGUUUGAAAAGGCCAAAAAGGAAGGAACUACAGACGCUUUAAAGCGUGCACUGAGGACAUUCGGAAAUGUACUAGGUAACUGCAUAUACGACAAGGAAUACCUCUCUAAAGUGGUCAAAGUCAAAGCAACUCCAGUGAAGUUUGAUGUGGAUAAUCUUCACCGUCAUGUAGAUUUCGUCCCUCCCAAAAUCCAGGCAGCAGCCCCUACAACCAGAAUCGUCAAGUAUGAGCCUCAGAAUAAUGGCCAAUCUGACCUCCCACCGCGGGGUCCUAGUGUUCAAAAUAACAUUGCCGAUGAUUCUCUCGCUUUUGAAUUUGAAGGCGAAUUCGGGAGUGAUGUGUUUGACGAGGCAGACUUUGCCGAACAUACUUCAUUACAUCCAGAUGAGGUGGUUUUGGAAGAAACCAGCAAUGCGGCGCGACCACCUCGCCAACAUGGUCCACCAAUUCCCCAGCAGCCAGCAACGACUGGGAACUCGGCACACACGAACAGAAUGGGCGCACAAGCAAAUCUUAGAAACCCUCCAACUGCUGGCCCAACCCCUGGUGGCCUUCCUCCAGGCAGACAGGCUGGCCAGCCAAACGGCCCGCUUUUCCCAAAUCCCGCUGAACAACACCGACCUGAUCCAGCAUUAAAUAAUAAUGGAAGCAGGUCCCCCAAAAAAGGCAUAUCUCCCCCUAAUACACAAGUUGGUGAGGACAAACGGCCAGAGGAACCUGUGGUUGGCUUUUUCUCUGCUCGAGCCGCUGAAGCAUUGAUAAACGAUCCAUACGCCGCUGCCAAAUCAGCUCCAGUAUUCGACCCGCAGUUCGAUAGCCCUUCAAUACGCAAAACUGCUGGUAUCGAUCAUAAUAGCUCUUCGCCAAUUGUUAGAAAGUCUCUCCAGGCAUUACAACAACAGUCCGGGAAACCCCCCUUAGUAGGCGCUAAUGCAAACGCCUUACCGCCAGCCAACUCCGGGGGCCCCAAUCCUACUGCUGGAGCUACGGGUAGGCCUCCUAUGACCUCCUCCUAUCGGCCUCCAAUGAGACGAUCUAUGAACACAGCGAACAAUAACAAUACAAACAACAACCCCAAUUCGAAUAAUCAACCUAAUAUGCCACCACCGACGAAAGGCAACAACCCCAACGACAAUGCUCCGCAACAAAAUGAACACGGAAAGAGGCCACCAUUAACAGAUACUACAAAUGUACCGGGGAGCGAGUGGGCGAAGAACCAAUCUGAGACGAUAAAAAGGACAAAAGUGGAAGAGACCGGUGCUUCCAAAUCAAACCCACAAGGCCAACAACAGCAGAGACCGCCUUAUACAGGCCCUCCAGGGAACGCGAAAUGA